AGGAAGAUGAUGACGGGAGAGCGUAGGAGAAGUGUGAAUUCAUGGAGCAGUUCUGAAUCGGUGACAGAGACAGUGUUAGGGACUCACAUGUUUGAAAUAAAAGGGUACUCUUUGACAAAGGGAAUGGGCAUUGGAAAAUGCAUUGCGAGCAAGAAGUUCACCAUUGGAGGCUACGAGUGGGGCAUACAGUUCUACCCAGAUGGCAAAUACUCCAAAGAUAACUCCUCUUAUGUUUCUCUCUUCAUCACACUCUAUUCCAACGCCAUUGAUGUUUCCACCUUUUAUCAGAUCAUCUUGCUCGAUCAGACACCAAAACGAAAACGCCAUGCUGCUACCCAUUACGAUCACUCUUUCGAAUGUGGACCCUGCGUUUUCAAAACCCGUGGCAGCAUGUGGGGUUAUAACCGCUUCUGCAAUCGGAAAGAUCUUGAGGCUUCAGGUUUUCUCAAGGAUGACUGCUUGAAGAUUGAGUGCACUAUUGGUGUUGUGGUGACAUCCUGCAGUGAUUCUUCCAAGUUAAAAAAAAUACACGUUCCUGAUUCUGGUGAUAUGAGGGAACACUUCGGGAUGCUGUUAGAUUCUAGGGCUUAUUCUGAUAUUACUUUCUCAGUUAGAGGACACAAGUUUCAUGCUCAUAAGCUUGUAUUGGCUGCUCGCUCAAAACUCUUUCUAACUGAGUUUGUUAAUGGGAGGGAGAAGGAUGAACAUGGUCACAUACUUGUUAAUGACAUUGAACCUAGGGUUUUCAAGGCUUUGCUUCAUUUUAUUUAUAGAGACUCUCUAAUACAUGAUAAAGAGCUUUAUAAGUCACGUUGGUCACCGUAUUCUUCGGUAUCUGAAACUUUUGCUGCAAAGUUGUUAGCAGCUGCAGAAAAGUUUGAUUUAUCAAGACUUAAGCUGAUGUGUGAAUCUGUACUGUGCAAUGAUAUAUCUACAGAUACUGUUGUCAAUAUUCUACUUCUUGCUGAUCGUAAUCAUGCAACUGAAUUGAAGUUCGCCUGUCUAAAAUUUGCUGUUCAAAACCUUCAUGCUGUCAUGCAAUCUGACUGUUUCAAAUAUCUUACUCAAGAGAAUCCACUGUUGCAAGUUGAACUGCUCAAAACUUGGGUAGAAUGCAAGGAACCAUUUAUUGGAAAACGAAAAUAUGAAACUUUGAAGACCCAGUCUCCAGAUGAUGAUCAUUAA